AUGGAAAGGAGCGGAUCGGAUAACAGUAUGGCCGCGCUCAUCGAGAAGACACGUGCACAGAUCUGUUGGCUCCGCGGACCCUGUGACACAGUGGGUAGUUCCUGUGUUCUGCCUCCCAUUCAGAUCAAGUUCAAGAGCAAAAAGGCACAGUUGGAUGCAGCCAUGCCAUGGCUGAACCGGAUUUUCGACCGUGAGUCUGAUUCAGAGGAAUCACCACAAAAAGAAAUAAUGAAAGGUGAACUUGAAGAUGAUGCAUUGUGUAAAGGAUCAGAUGAGAAAGAUGCCACAUGCAGAGAGGAGAAAGGGACUGAUGGGCUUGAUCAAUAUUACCAUUUUAUCAAAAUAUAA